UCAUCCUCUUGUACUCCAAAACGCUAUACGUUAUUGCCGUUUAACUCUUCUUACCAGUGUAGUGGUAGUUACUGAGGCGAAGUGGUUGGCUAAUUUCAGUGACCUCAAUUUUAAUUGCUGUUUCAAAACAAGGAGCAAUUUCAAUUGAGAAUUGGGGAAGGGGUUAGAAUGGCAACAACAAGAAACCUAAAAAUCAAGACAAGUACAUGUAAGCGCAUUGUGAAGGAACUUCAUUCGUAUGAGAAAGAGGUUGAGAGAGAAGCUGCUAAAACUGCAGAUAUGAAGGAGAAAGGAGCAGACCCUUAUGACCUCAAGCAACAAGAAAAUGUUCUUGCUGAAUCAAGGAUGAUGAUACCCGAUUGUCGUAAGCGCCUUGAGGCUGCUUUAGCUGAUCUCAAAGCUACUCUGGUAUUUCAUCAAUCCUUUAAUGUUACCCGUAUUUUGCUCAAAGUUAGAGAUUUCCAUUGAGAUUGUUGUAACAUCUAACUUUACAAACCUGCACAACUCUUUUCCUUUAGUGGGGAUAAAUGACCUACUUAACUCUGUGUGAUUGAGGCUAAUUUUUCCCGGAAAAAUAUGUGUUAGAGGCUUACUGUUCUUUCUAGGCAUAGAUUCUUAUAUAGAGAGAUGCAGCAUUAGAAGGAAUGAGUGGCAACUACAGAUGUGGGCUUAACCUAGAAAUGUGAACUAAAAGA